AUGUCCUGUAUGAGGGCUUGCCUAAACGUUUUCAAUUCUUCUCCACCACUGAAAUCCACCUUCUCACCAACUCUCACCUGUGGCUCCAAGAAGGUGCAGUAUGCACAAAAAAGCAGCCACACCCAGAGUGUAGCCAAGAUUAUAAAGAGCAGAGAUUCAGCUCGCUGUGCACUAGGGCCCCAACUCCAGGACCUCUUGCUGCCUCCUCCACCGGGCCCUUCUUCCUUCAUCAGCUCCAGCCUCAACCCACCGGGGUCCCCGAAGUACAGUGUCUCAGUGUCCCUGCAGUGCUGGUGGCCCCCAAAGGCAAUCAUAUUGGAUGGACUGAGCUCCCUGCCCACGCAGAUGGAUUAUAAAGGUCAGAAGUUAGCUGAACAGAUGUUUCAGGGAAUAAUUCUUUUUUCUACAGUAAUUGGCAUUAUCUAUGGAUAUGUGGCUGAACAGUUUGGUUGGACAGUCUAUAUUGUUAUGGCUGGAUUUGCUUUUUCAUGCUUGCUGACACUUCUUCCAUGGCCCAUAUAUCGCCAACACCCCCUCAAAUGGCUCCCUGUUCAAGACUCAAGAUCAGAAGACAAGAAACCAGGAGAGAAAAAAAUAAAAAGGCAUUCUAAAAAUAACUGA